AUGCCCCUUGCCAACAGGUCGGAGAAGGGCUCUCUGGCCAAUAAGAUCCUUAAGCAGUUGCCUCUGGCUGAUAAGACUGCAGUCUGGGGCACUUUGGGGACCAUUCGGCCGCUCCUGAGCUUUGAAGUGGAGCAAGAUGUCCAGUCUUUCCUCGAUGCCAUCGCGGGCGAAGCUGUCGACUACAGAACCAUAACCCACCUACUCACCAACAGGACCAACAGGCAGAGACAGCAAAUUGCCGAAGGGUUCCAGGCCUUUACUCAACAGGAUCUGCUGAAGAGCCUGCAGGCUGCCGUAUCUGGGAACUUGGAGACGGCGCUGGUGGGACUCCUGAAACCAGCAGCGCAAUACGAUGCUCAUGAGAUCAAGCUGGCUAUGAAGGGAUACUGGGUCGCCCACUCUUCAUAUCUGCCGGGUCCAGAUGGAGCCACUCUGGCCGAAAUCUUCUGCACUCGGACAACCCAGCAGCUUCGGGAGAUCUUGGAUUUUUAUAAGCACGAUUUCAAAUCGGACUUAGAGACGGAAGUCGCGUCUGGCCCCAGCGGCUGUUUUAAAGACCUCCUGCUUGCGCUGAUCAAGACCAGCCGGGAGAAAUACUCCGGGGUCAUUGACUACGUCUUGAUCGAAGAAGAUGCCAAGGCUCUCGUGAACGCGGGCGCUGGCUACAUCGGCAGGACGGAUGAGAGGAAAUGGAUCAAGAUCCUCGCCCAGCGCAGCCCUGAACAUCUCAACAGAGUUAGCCUUUUCAGGGGCAUGAGUUCUAAGUGUAGCUCCUGCAUAGAUUCCUCGGCUGCCAGAAAGUUGAGAGAUCAGAUGCCAACCGAAGGAUUCCUUUCUCUCGCAGUAUUCAGCUUGUACCACAAGAUGACCGGGCUCCAGAUAGAGGAAGCUGUAGCCAAGUUCUUCCAGGGCAACGCCCAAGUGGGAAUCUUGACACUGGUCUCGGUCCUGAGGAACACCCCUCUCUAUUUCGCCAUCAGACUCCGCCAAGCAAUUAAGGGCCCAUCUGCCUGCCACAAAACUUUGAUCCGCAUCCUGGUUUCCCGCAGCGAGACCGAUCUCCUCAGCAUACGGGCGGAAUUCAGAAAGCAAUAUGGGAUGUCGCUCUAUUCGUUCAUCCGGGCUGAAACGCAAGGCCAGUACCGGGAUCUCUUGCUGGGUCUGUGCAGGGCAGAAGAUCUCUGAAACCCUCUAGCGAGG